CCUUGUUGUUUAGAUGUUUCCCUUUGGAAACUGUUGAUUUAUAUUGUGUUUUCGGUGCAAUGUCAUAUGUCUGACGUUCAUGAACGCACCAUAGAUGUUCGAAGCUCCACUGAACGCACCACACCUGCGUGUGAGAUGGUUGAGAGUUUUUCCUACUGAUGCAGCAGCAUACAGCUCAUUAUUUCCCGUUUUUUCCCUAAAUUUCAUCCUUUACACAUGUUUGCCUAGUGGACUUGCUGUGUGUACAUGUCAGAAGAACCACAGUAAAUCUACAACAAAACCAGACAUCUGCUUCCGUGUCUUUUAACGGGGACACAUUCCAUACACCUUGCCGCUCUAAACCAGCUAAUUCCUGGAGAACACCUCAUCUCCUUUUUAUGGUCCUUCGAGCCGGAGUAGAGUAAUAAUCAAGGUAUGGACCCCGCAGAUGCCCAAACUGAGCCAGCACACCAACGUGCUUCGCAGAGAGAGCGAUAUCCACCAGCUUACCUGAGUGAGUAUGUGGUUGCAACUCUCCCUUCAGAGGGACAAACCCACACCACACACUCGGCUCCCUCCAUCCAGAGUUCACAUAGCCAGAAAACAGGCAUGUCUCGGAGGAGCUCCAACUCCAGGUCUAAAUGCUCAUCUCGCUCAUCCCGCUCAACCACCAGCAGAUUCUCCUCUCACGUCUUAUCAGAGCUAGACACAGCUCAACUUGAAGAACGAGUGAAGGAAAUGGAGCUUGAGGAAUUACAGCAGACAAUAGAGGAGGAUCAACAAGCUGAUAACGAGUGUCAGCGGCUUCAAACUCAAGCCAGAGAAGCCCAACAGCUACAAGAGGAAGCCAUCAGAGCACAAGAAUUGCUGGCCAGACAGAUGGAGAAACGACGUCAGCUAAAGAAGAAAUGUAAUGAGUUGGAGAUAGCUAAGAUGGUUACUUCUCUCCUCAAAGUUAGAUCCCAGGAUUCUGGUGACACCGGAUCCUCACCACAUCCAUCAGAUCAGCACAAGAUAAGUAACCCUAUACUUCCGCCAACUCCAGCUCCUCUUCCCAUGGCUAUUGCUCCACAUGCAGCAAAGCAACAUCCUGCUCUGCCUCCUACAGCUGCAGCUCCACGCUCAGUAAGUAUAGCUCCGCCUCAAGUACUUCAUGCCACUCUACCUACCACAGCCCCAGCUUUGUCAACAGUGAUUGUGUCUACGCCUCCCAUGCUCCAUAGAGCUCAGCCCAUUGUAGCCCCGACUCCUCCGAUGAGUGUAGCUACACCUCUCACUGUUCCAGCCCCGCACCCUGCAGCUCUACCACCGGUGAGUGCAGCUCAGCCUCUCACUGUCCCAGCUCUGCAUCCUGCAGCUCCACCUCCAGUGAGUAUGGCUCCACCUUCAUCUAUGCUUCCUGGUUUAGCGGCGGUGGACUACAACCUAGUCUCUGCUCCAUAUUCAGUUUAUCCAGUGCAGUAUCAGCCAACUCAGUCAGCCUCCACAUAUCCUGUCCAGACAGCGUCCUACCCCUCAGCUUUGCCCCAAUCUAGUCCACAACAGACACAAGUAGCUGAUGUUCCUCAACUCUUCUCCCCUCCCUAUGGUAUACCCAAACCUAUGAUUCCUUUUUUUGAGAGCGGUAAAGAAAGCGACUUUGCUUUACUUAAGAUAGCGCUCGACAAUCUUCUGAACAGCCAUGUCCACCUGAACGAGCAGUACAAAUAUCAAGUGCUUCUUGGACAUUUGAAGUUGCAGAGCGCGCUCCAGCUGGCUAAAGCCUUCAUGUACGAUCCAACAUCCCACUCGAAGGAGGAAGCAAAGGAUCUGGUGGAUGGUCUAAGUCAGUUACUCAUCACAGGGGGCUUUGAGAUGCGCCAGUGGGCUAGCAACAUCCCAGAGUUCUCCACGUGGAAGGAUCUGAUGCAGACAACCACACGGUCCCUUCACGGGGCGGCUGAGCCAAAUUCUGUCCCACCUAGUAAAGCAGCUGACUACAUCAAGGCAGAGAACCUCCUCCUUAGAAGGGCGCAGUGGGAAUCAUUCCCAGAGGAGGUCAAGGCUCUCAUGUCCGACCGACCUUUACCAGCCUCAAGUCGUCUGGGCUCCCUUUCUCCAGAGUAUGACAAGGAGACAGGACUCGUUAGAGUCGGAGGGAGGUUACGGAGAGCAGAGCAGUUACCGCAAGACACCAUCCACCCAGUUUUGCUGGAUCCCAAGCAUCCACUAACCAACCUGAUCAUUCAGGAUUUCGAUGAGACCCUCCUGCAUCCUGGGUCCGAAAGGGUCUUAGUCAAGAUUGGACGGCGAACGGAGAAACGCUGGGGCAUCAUCUUCAAGUGUAUGACAACCCGCUGCGUGCACUUAGAUCUCCUAGAGAGCUUAGACACCAAUACCUUUCUGAUGUCUCUACGACGUUUCAUCUCUAGAAGAGGCAAACCUUUCGAGCUCUUGUCUGAUAAUGGGACCAACUUCACCGGUGGAUACAGAGAGCUACGUGAGGCCUUCGAGGCAAUGGGCCCUCAACUGAAGGAACAGUUGGCAGAACAGCAGAUAGAAUUCUGCUUUAAUCCCCCAAGUGCUCCUCACUUCGGUGGAACAUGGGAGAGAGAAGUGAGAUCCGUUAAGACCGCUCUCAAAGUGGUACUUAAAGAACAGACCGUGCCUGAAGCAGUGCUCCGCACGGUUUUAGUGGAAGUGGAGGGCAUCCUGAAUGCUAAGCCCCUUGGGUAUGUCUCGUCAGACGUGGCUGAUCCGGAUCCCAUCACGCCUAGCAUCCUGCUAAUGGGACGUUAUGAUGCAUCUCUUCCACAAGCUGUUUACGAUCCUAGUAACACCCUGGAGAAUCGUCGAUGGAGGCAUAGCCAAGUCCUUGUUGACCACUUCUGGUCCAGAUUUAUCAGGCACUAUCUGCCUAGCCUGCAGGAGAGAUAG